AUGUCCAUCUCCAAGUCCUUUCGCUACCAGGCCGAGUCUAGCGGGCUGCACCCAGACAGGUCGCUCUGCCCCUAUUGUGGAGCGCGAAAGCGAAUGCACGCACACAGCGGCGGCAGCGUCCGCAUCAACCUGUCCGAGCUUACGCCUGCUGUUCCCGAGGCUGCCGGCCAUUCUCCGGUCGAGUCGGACUGGCUCAGCGACGGGCCUCGCGUUGGGGCUAGGGUGCUGCGGCGCCUCAAGGGCCACGGGCACGUCCAUGCCGUGGUUCAGCUCUACCUGCCGGCGGGCGCGGAUGACGAGCCCGCGCUUUGGCGCAUCCGGCAUGCGGACGGGGAUGAAGAGGAUCUGGAGGAGUACGAGCUGCUCGAGGCGCUGCAGCGCUUCGCCACCAGUCAGGCGGAGGGGCUACGCUUGCACCUCUCCAGCAGCAGCAGCACCGGGUACAAGGGCGUGCGCGCGGACAGGAGCCGCUUCAAGGCGCAGCGCAGGGUGGGUGGAAGGCUGCUCUCCAUCGGCACCUUCAACACGGCGGUGGAGGCGGCGGUGGCGUGGGCGCGUGCGGUCGGCGAGUACCAGCCUCCGACGGUGGCGACGGAGGCGGACGGGCUGCGGCUGCACCUCUCGAGCAGCAGCAACGCCGGCUACAGGUGCGUGUUCCAGCACGCCUCUGGCCGCAGGAGCCGCUUCCAGGCGCAGCACAAGGUGGGAGGCCGCGUCGCUGUACAGUACUCUGACGGCGCCUUGUACCCGGGCGAGAUCGUGGGCUUUGACGGUGCGUCGAGCCUGUACUCGGUGCGGGAGGCUGCACCCGCCGCGCCGCUCGUGACAGAGGCGGAGGGACUGCAGCUGCACCUCUCGAGCAGCACCAGCACCGGCUACAGUGGCGUGCGCGCGGACAGGAGCCGCUUCAAGGCGCAGCGCAGGGUGGGUGGAAGGAUGGUCUACUUGGGCUCCUUCGCCACGGCGGUGGAGGCGGCGGUGGCGUACGCGCGGGCGGGCGGCGAGUACCAGCCUCCGGCUCCUCCGACGGUGGCGACAGAGGCGGAGGGGCUGCGGCUGCACCUCUCGAGCAGCAGCAGCACCGGCUACAAGAACGUGGGCAAGCUACCCUCUGGCCGCUACCAGGCUGCACCCGCCGCGCCGCUCGUGACAGAGGCGGAGGGACUGCAGCUGCACCUCUCGAGCAGCACCAGCACCGGGUACAGUGGCGUGCGCGCGGACAGGAGCCGCUUCAAGGCGCAGCGCAGGGCGGAGGGGCUGCGUCUGCACCUCUCCAGCAGCAACGCCACCGGCUACAAGGGCGUGUACGAGCACUCUGGCCGCUUCAAGGCGCAGCGCAGGGUGGGUGGAAGGCUGGGCUCCAUCGGCAAGUUCGACACGGCGGUGGAGGCGGCGGUGGCGUACGCGCGUGCGGUCGGCGAGUACCAGCCUCCGGCUCCUCCGACGGUGGCGACUGAGGCGGAGGGGCUGCGUCUGCACCUCUCUAGCAGCGGCGGCACCGGCUACAAAGGAGUAGCGCGGCGCCCCUCUGGCCGCUUCUCGGCGCAGCACUGGGUGGACGGAAGGCUGGCCGAGGGGUUGCGUUUGCACCUCUCCGGCUGCACGGGCUCCGCUGGCCUGGCUGCCGGCUCUCCGUGCUGGGCCAAGCUACGCGGCUCGCCUUGGUGGCCUGCACUCAUCAGCGCGGAGGAGGGCGAGUCGGUGCGGGUGCGCUUCUGCGGCACGGGCAACGUGGCGACACUCGAGCGCGCGAGCUGCAUCAAGUCGCUCCGCGAGGACGAGCGCCUCUUCGACGCCACGCGCUGGGGCAAGGACUUUGGGCGGCCAAAGUGGAAGCACCUUCGCGCGCCCUUUGCGAGUGCCGUCGCUCAGGCACUCGAGGUCGAGGCGGCCCUCCCGCAUGCGCCGCCGGGCGCGCUAAGCCGAGGACCGGCCGGAAGCUCCGCAGACAACGCGAGGCGGUGCGACGAGCGGCCGCCCAAGCGUCGUCGCACCUCGGCUGCGCAGGAGGCGGUGCAGAUGGUGGCAGACCUGGAGACGGCGGACGCGGAGCUCGACGCGCCGCCUGUGCGGAGGUGCGCCGUCACGCUCGACCGCUGCUUGCCCAGCAGCGCCAACCGCGGCGCGGCCCCUCCUCGCCUCGGCAUCGGCGACGGGUGGGCCGCCUCGUAAUGUUGUUCAAGUGUUCACCCCAGCCCAUAGGCAAAGCCGUACGUAAAAUGGCUAGCGGGCGAGCUCUAAACAUUCACGUCUACAAAGUAUUCGCCGAUAACGAUUGGGGUAGCGGGCUUGUUGUGCGAGUAUAUGGGCCAAAAGCGUCGAAAAUGU